UUACCAAACACAGAUAAAAAGCAGUCGCAAAGAGAAGAAGGUUAGUAACUCACUGGUACACGGCGCAUUUAACAGUAAAUCAGUCUACAAUUCUAAAUACAGAUCCUACACCAUCAUCAGAACAAGAUGAAGACACUGGCAUUGCUCUCUCUGAGCCUCGCAGUGGUUCUGGGAAUGCCACCAUUGUCCCCAGAUCUAGGUCCAGUUCCUGUCUUUAUUGAAAAACUCCAGGACCCUCUGGUGGGAGAUGUGCCUCCUGCGCAGGGUCAUGUGGUGGUGGAAGAUCCUGCACCACAAGUCAGGCUCGGCUCCGAGGAGCAGCAGGAACAGUUGGCUCCGGUGCCAGCCGACAUCGAGAAGAGUCAGAAUAAGGAAGAACUAGAGGUUAAGGCGAAGUCAGAAGUUGGAGUGGAGCAAGAGGGUGAAGUAAAGACAGAGGUUAAGAAGGAGUCAGAAGUUAAGGUGGAGCAGGAGCUUAAAGCAGAGCCAGAAGUUAAGGUGGAGCCAGAAGUUAAGGUGGAGCCAGAGGUUAAGGUUGAGCCAGAAGUUAAGGUGGAGCCAGAGGUUAAGGUGGAGCCAGAGGUUAAGGUGGAGCCAGAGGUUAAGGCCGAGCAGGAGCUCAAAGCAGAGCCAGAAGUCGAGCCAGAGCAAGAAUUUAAGGUGGAUUUAGAAGCUAAUGUGGAAACAGAAGCAGAACAAGAGGUCUUCGUGGAGCCAGAGUUCGAAGAUGUGCCAGACUUUAAGGUGGAAUCAGAGGUUAAGGUGGAGCCACAUGUUCUAGAGGAGACUGUGCCCAUGUUUAAUGAGGAGCAAGAGUAUCAAGCAAUUCAAGAGUCUCAGGUGCAAAUGAACCUCGAGCCAGAGAUUGAAACAGGUCGGGAGUUCGACGAGAGACACAUUGACAUGGAGCAAAAUAAUGAAAUGGUGAGCGAAGACGUGCCAGACUUUAAGGUGGAAUCGGAGGUUAAUGUGGAGCCAGAUGUUCUAGAGGAGACAGAGCCCAUGUUUAAUGAGGAGCAGGAGUAUCAAGCAAUUCAGGGGGAGUUUCAGGUCGAGAUGAGCCUCGAGCCAGAGAUUGAAACAGGUCGGGAAUUUGACGAGACACACGCUGACAUGGUGCGGAAAUAUGAAAUAGAGAGUGAACCAAUCAUGGAGCUGGUGCCACUGGAUGAUGACAACAUGUUUGGAGACGAGCUGAGCGACAGUCAGCUGUCUGAAGUGGAACAAUCUUUGAGGGCGGCAUUUGAGAAUCCAGAUCUUAUCAUGGAACUGCUGCCAGAGGAGGAGGAGCUUAUGAGGGAGAGUGACCACGUUUUAGAUGAAGAACCAAUCAGGGAACUGGAGCCUGAGAGGAGGGAAGAACAGUUUGUGCCAGAUGCUGCUAUCAUGGAAGAAGGGCCAGCAUUGGACAUUAUGGGGCAGCCGAUACAACCUUUAGAGCAGUAUUUCCCCAAUGAAGAAGCUCAGAUCGGGAUGGAGCGUGGCUCUCUCAUAGCAGACGGGUUAGACUAUUCGAUGCCAGAAAUGGAAGACAGUCCUGUGCUGUUAGAUGGACAGUAUUUCAAUUAAGUGUAUUUAAAAUACAGAUUCAAUUACAUUUGAGUAAUUUGUCAUUUGUAUUUUGCUGGGCAGAAAAAAAUAUGGUAUUUGUAACAAAUAAGACACAAUAUUAUCACAAGGUUUAAACCGUGGAGAACAAAAAAACAAGUGCAACAAUUAGCCUAAUCGCAGCCUGAAUGCAAGUGAAUUACAUGAUAUGUCUUGUGUUAUGUUAUGUUAUGAUCAGAAACGAAAAGAAGUUUUUUUAUGAUGUGAAUAAAGUGUUUUUUUAUUCUUGA